AUGAAUAAUAAUCAGAGGCAAAAGGCCGCUGAACUUCUCAGACAAUGCGCACGGGAAGCUAAUUGCAAAAACGAUGAGUUACUGAACAUACUUCGAAGCGAGACAAAAAGGACGGGCGGUCAACUGCGAGACGAAGGCCCGUCCGACGACAAAGGAGCGAUGCUACCAACUCCAGAGAACUUGAGAUCGGCAUUUACGACUGGCAGUCAUUUUCUCAGGUGCACCUGCAACUUAUGCGAGCCUCCACCAAGGAACAGCCGCCUCGAAACGACAUCGAGUGAGGACGCCGCAUGGGUCUGCCCCCGCAAGGAGAGACUGGAGGACCUUGCCAUCCUGGUCUUGUGCGGGUGUCUGUACAUAUCCAGACACCCAGAAUUCGUUCAAGCAGACCGUCUAGUAGACUUUGCUACCGACGAAUCCUUAUCAACGGAUAUAAUCGCCGACAACAUCUUCGGGAGACUGGCCACGCAACCGGGCCAGUGUGCCCUAUGCGAGACACGCACAAGCAAUGGCCCUGUCAAAUGGAUACCUGUCGACCAUCUCAGAGAUGUGUGCAACAGGUGUCGGGUACGAGCUUUCAGGGAUGCUUUCGAUCUAAAGAAAAGCGUUUUGAGAGUUCAUGAUAUGAAGGAAGACGGCACGGUAUUUGAUCCGGAGGCCCUGCAAGACAUGAGCAAAAAGAAUAUGCCAUUCAUAAAUCUCACUGCUCUGAAUAGUAUUAAGCCUAGCAGCGAAAAUCCGAAAUUCUACAGUUCUAAAAUUCAUCCUGACUAUGCCAAUCCGAAGUGGAAUGAGUCUGAGGUAUUUCGUUUUCCCCUUCUAGUUUUUCAUACUAUUUUGACGGACACGACCAAUCCAGCAGAUGCUAACAAUGCUACUUACGCUCGGAAGAUCUUCAGAAAAGUAUACUCGUACGCCAAGGUUGAAAAGAAAUACAUCAACGCAGCGAAGAAAGAAGUCAGCAUUGCCCUUCAUAUGUCAAAUCACCCGAAUGUCGCGAAACUACUGUUCGCCUUUCGUGAUGUGGGGGCCGACUUUGAGGUAAUUGAGCUGUUAUAUAAACGACACUAUUGCAGCCUAGACAUGAUUACUUCAGGGACUCGUGAACUUCCACGAGGAACGAACUCAAAGAACACGGUAACAAACUUCACGGACCAUUUCCUUUGGAAGGCGAUGUUGAAGGUUGUCAGUGCUGUCGUGAAUUUUCAUGAGCAGAGACAGUCCUGCGGUCCGCUCGACAUCAAACCCGCCAACAUUCUUGUGGACAAAGAUGAUAAUGAAGGAGUCAUACUUUACCUCACCGACUUUGGACAUGCAGCUCUAUCAACAGCACGUCCAGCAACAGCUGAAUACGCUCCGCCGGAUACUCAGAGAGGGCUGAAUGUUGGAUCUCAAUCAGUUGGAUAUGACAUAUGGUCCAUGGCAUGCGUAUUGCUUCAGAUCAUCGUGUUUAUCGAUACCGACUUCGAAAAGUCAUCAUGGGAGUCUUUCCAGUCGAACCUCAGACGAGAAUCGAGUAGCCCUGCUUUCUGGUACUUAGGCUCGGAAGGCCUACAGCUUCGGUCUGCUGUUGAACAUAAGCUCACGGAGCUUGAGAAACAGUGGCAGCCGCGAGUCUUGGCAAUCAUCAGGAAGUUGCGUCAAAUGCUGAGCAUCGAGGCGAGCUCCAGAGGUACCAUGAGAGAAUGCCUUGAAGAAUUUCAACGCCCGAUCGAAAGCAGAUGGCCUACUGGACAGGACCAAAUGAAUUGCGGUUGUGAAGGAUGGUCUAUUUUUCGCAGCAACUUGUCCUUGCAGGAACAGACACCAGCCCGGAUCGGGGUGUACAGAGACGAGUCGAAGGCUUUGUUAUUCGCCCAGCCAGGGGGAUCUUACAAACACGAGAAGAUAACAAUCGACCUCAAUUUACAUGGACGCGAGUCUAUGAUGGAUUCUAGUGAAUGCCGUUCGAUCUCGUUCACGUCGGCAAACUUUUUCGCUAAGGCCGAAGACGGAACAACGACUCUGAUACUUCGUUUCAAAAAUCUACUACAGAACUACAGUCUCCACUUCAAUCACAUGAACCAAUAUCGGCAGUUCAUCACCCUCGUCACUCGUCAACGGAUAUUGGCUAUUAGCGGAGAUGUCACGGAUUAUUCGGGCCAGACAGACUUCCUCAUCCAGGCUUGCGUGGCAAAGAAGAUCUUCAAACGCUCCAGAUUUUCGGAUGGGAAAGCGCAGAUAUGGAAGUUACUCGAAGACGGAGAGUAUGACGAAGAAUACAAUCGUUGUUCUGAGGAAGGCACGCCGCAACGAAGCAGUCUGAACAUGCCGCACAGGUAUACCAGAGAAAAUAUUCCAACUGAUUGCAAGAUAGUCCUGUGGAUUCAUAACGAGAACAGAGAAAAGGUUUGUAUCGUUGUUGACGUCGGAGAGGACACGUGGGAAUUCGACCAAUCCCAGUCAAUGGAUGAGUGCCUAACUAUCAAGAGAAAGUCUCUUCUCAACCGUACGAAUUCGUCAAAACUCCGGGCUGCUAUCUUAUCGGCCGUACAUGGGGACAGUCGUUUUUCAGAACCAGUUCCCUUCAUACCCAUUGAUCCGGCUCAGCUGCAAAAGGAGUUGAAACAAGAUGUCAUCAGCCAUCUCACUCUCACCUUUCAGUCUCAAGAGGGUAAGCCUGAAUCACCCAAUUUGCCAUGGUUCGACUCCGACAAUUGA